AGGGCGAGGGAGGGGCCGAGCGGCGUGGCUCCCGAGGGAGUCGGUGGGCAGUGGGGAGACAAGAGCAGACAUGCUGUGUGGGCUCAGCCGGGAGCCCCCCGGAGAGGCGGACGAUGGGCCUUAUUCCAAAGGAGGCAAGGACGUAGGAGGGGCCGACGUGGCCCUGGCAUGCCGCAGACAGAGCAUUCCAGAGGAGUUCCGAGGGGUCACGGUGGUGGAGCUGAUCAAGAAAGAAGGCAGCACGCUGGGUCUGACUAUCUCAGGUGGCACCGACAAGGACGGGAAGCCCAGGGUCUCCAACCUGAGACCUGGGGGGCUCGCAGCCCGGAGUGACCUGCUGAACGUGGGUGACUACAUUCGGUCAGUGAAUGGGAUCCACCUGACCAGGCUCCGCCAUGAUGAGAUCAUCACCCUGCUCAAGAAUGUGGGCGAGCGCGUGGUGCUGGAGGUGGAGUAUGAGCUGCCCCCGCCCGCCCCUGAGAACAACCCAGGGAUCAUCUCAAAGACAGUGGACGUCUCCCUCUACAAGGAGGGCAGUAGCUUUGGCUUUGUCCUCAGAGGCGGUGCCCAUGAAGACGGGCACAAGUCCCGCCCGCUUGUCCUGACCUACGUGCGGCCCGGCGGCCCUGCCGACAGGGAGGGCUCCUUGAAGGUGGGCGACAGGCUGCUCAGCGUUGAUGGGAUCCCGCUGCAGGGGGCCAGCCAUGCCGCUGCCCUGGCCACCCUGCGGCAGUGCAGCCACGAGGCACUCUUCCAGGUGGAGUACGACGUGGCCGUCCCAGAUGUGGUGGCCGGCACUGCUGGGCCCUCGACAGUGGAAAUAACCAAGACUCCGGGGUCCACCCUGGGGAUCUCGCUCACCACCAGCUCCCACCGGGACAGGCCGGUCCUCACCAUCGACCGCGUCAAGCCGGCUAGCGUGGUGGACAGGAGUGGGGCCCUGCAUGCUGGAGACCGCAUCCUGUCCAUUGACGGCACCAGCACAGAGCGCUGCUCGCUGCUCGAGGCCACCAAGCUCCUGGCCAGCGUGUCGGAGAAAGUGCGGCUGGAGGUCCUGCCUGCACCCCGAAGUCAAACGCCCCUGAAGCCCUCAGAGGCAGUGAAGGUGCAGAGGAGCGAGCAGCCGCGUCGCUGGGACCCCUGCGUGCCCUCCUGCCGCGGCCCCAGGCCCGGCCACUGCAAGGCGCCCAGCUGGGCCGCACCUGGCGGCCAGGACCAGAGCCGAGCCUCGUCCUCGACUCCCUUUUCCUCGCCGACUGUAAACCACGCCUUGCCCUGCACCAACCCCAGCACCCUUCCCCGUGGGUCCCAGCCUAUGAGCCCCCAGACCACGAUGGGGCGGAGGAGGCAGCGAAGAAGGGAACAUAAGAGCUCAUUGUCGCUGGCCUCCAGCACGGUGGGGCCCGGCGGGCAGAUCGUGCACGCGGAGACCACGGAAGUCGUGCUCUGCGGAGACCCCCUCAGCGGCUUCGGCCUGCAGCUCCAGGGCGGCAUCUUCGCCACCGAGACCCUGUCCUCCCCGCCCCUCGUGCGCUUCAUCGAGCCUGACAGCCCAGCCGACAGGUGUGGGCUGCUGCAGGUUGGGGACCGCGUCCUGUCCAUCAAUGGCAUCGCCACCGAGGACGGGACCAUGGAGGAAGCCAACCAGCUGCUUCGGGAUGCUGCGCUGGCCCACAGGGUCGUGCUGGAGGUCGAGUUUGACGUGGCCGAGUCCGUCAUCCCGAGCAGUGGCACCUUCCACGUGAAGCUGCCCAAGAGGCGCGGUGUGGAGCUGGGCAUCACCAUCAGCUCAGCCAGCAGGAAGCGAGGGGAGCCCCUGAUCAUCUCUGACGUCAAGAAGGGCAGUGUGGCACACAGGACCGGCACCCUCGAGCCAGGUGACAGGCUGCUGGCCAUCGACAACACCCGCCUGGACAGCUGUCCCCUGGAGGACGCCGUGCAAAUCCUGCAGCAGUGCGAGGACCUGGUGAGGCUGAAGGUCCGCAAGGAUGAGGACAACUCUGAUGAGCAGGAGAUGACGGGUGCCAUCAGCUACACGGUGGAGCUGAAGCGCUACGGGGGCCCCUUGGGCAUCACCAUCUCGGGCACGGAGGAGCCUUUUGACCCCAUUGUCAUCUCAGGCCUCACCAAGCGAGGUCUGGCUGAGAGGACUGGCGCUAUCCACGUUGGAGACCGUAUUCUGGCCAUCAACAGUGUUAGCCUCAAGGGCCGGCCGCUGAGUGAGGCCAUCCACCUCCUGCAGGUGGCUGGCGAGACCGUCACACUGAAGAUCAAGAAACAGCUAGAGCGCCCCCUCCCACCCCGCAAGUCGGGCAGCCUCAGCGAGGCCAGCGAUGCGGAUGACGACCCGCCCGAGGCGCUCAAAGGAGGCCUGCUGGCAGCCCGGUUCCCACCAGCCGUGCCCAGUGUGGACAGCGCCGUGGAGUCCUGGGACAGCUCGGCGACAGAGGGUGGCUUUGGGGGCCCAGGUUCCUACAUUCCACAGGCAGCAGCCCGGGGCGUGACCCCCCAGGAGUGGCGGCCCAUCCGGCUGAGAAGCAGCCCCCCACCCAGUGAGCCCCGGAGGACGAGCUACAUGCCGGCCCCUGCCGAUGAGAACUUCCCUGAAGAGGAAGAGGAGGAGGAUUGGGAGCCACCAACUAGCCCAGCCCCCGGCCCCGCCCGCGAGGAGGGCCUCUGGCAUGUGUUCGGGGAAGCCCUCGAAGACCUGGAGUCACGUGGUCAAUCAGAGCUGCUGAGGGAACUGGAGGCAUCCAUCAUGACGGGCACCGUGCAGAGCGUGGCCCUUCAGGGCAGGCCUGGCCGCCGGCCCUGGCAGAGGGGCCGGGAGGUACGAACUUCCCCCGAAGCGAUGCAGGAGCUGCUGCUGCCGACACCCUUGGAGAUGCACAAGGUGACCCUGCACAAGGACCCCAAGCAGAAUGACUUUGGUUUCAGCGUGUCAGACGGCCUCCUGGAGAAGGGCGUCUAUGUCCACACUGUGCGCCCUGAUGGACCAGCCCAACGUGGGGGCCUCCGGCCCUUCGACAGAGUCCUGCAGGUCAACCAGGUUCGCACACGGGACUUCGACUGCUGCCUGGCGGUGCCGCUGCUGGCUGAGGCGGGUGACGUCCUGGAGCUGGUCAUCAGCCGUAAUCCGCUGGCCCAGAGCAGCCGGGCCCCGCGAGCGCCAGGCCCCAGUAGCCCCCGGAUGCUCUGAAGUCAGUGCAUGAUCCGGACACCCAAGGGGCCACCCAGGCAGAUCUGGAUCCCAGACCUGUAGCUGGGCUGGAGAAGUGCCACCCCCUUGUCCAUCUGUUGGUCUGGCAGGCUCUGAGCUGCGGACAGGACUUUGUCUCUGUUCUUUGGUUCUGUGGUAACUGCGGUGCCAGGGAGUCAGGUCCCUGCCCCAGUUGGAGUGACAUCUAGGUCUUUCUCCAUGUUGGGUCUCCAAGAUACCCAGAGGUGCCCAGCCCAAU